GAAAAUGUAGAAUAUAAAUACUUCAUAUAACCAAAAUCAUUUUUGGUUAUUGUUUUAUCUUAUUGUAUUUAUGCAGAGAAAAAAAAACUGUAUCUGUUAUUUAUUAUAAUAUCGUCUGCAGUGCAAAGAGAAUCAUUUGUGUUUGAUUUUAAACAUACGAAGUGAUCUAAUAAUAUUGAUGGGAACGUUCUAUUAGUAAAUCAGAUAUUGCUUCAUAGAAGAAUCAAGAAGUUUUGUUAUUAAAAUGCCAAGCUCAUACUUGUAUGCCAUAAAUAAUGAGGGACGUGUGUUUGGAUUGUCAACGUCUGGGACUAUGUGGAGAGAAUUCAUGUAUUUGGGUCUUGAAUUUAAGCAAUUAUCAGCAGUGCCACAUUUUAUGUGGGCUAUAGGUGGUGAUCGUCAAGUUUAUGUACAUGUACAUGGCUUAGAUGUACCUAUAAGAAUUAAGGAAGAAAUAUAUGAGAAUGAACGUUGGCUUCCUCUAGAGGGAUUUAGCGGAAGAUUAUUACCUACAGAUAGGUAUAAUUUUUCUAACCAAGAUGGUACAGUUGACCGUAGCAGAGAUAAAGUAAAAUUACCAUCCAUGGCUUGGCAAUGGGAAGGUGAUUGGCAAAUAGAAACUACAUUAGAUGGCCAACCACUAGAUCAUGAUGGAUGGACAUAUGCAGUUGAUUUUCCAGCUAUAUUUACAACAAAAAAGCAAUGGAAAUCUUGUGUUAGAAGAAGGAAGUGGGUUCGUUAUAGAAGAUACAGUGCUAUGAAUUCAUGGUGUGCUAUUGCACCUCUUCAUAAAGAUGCAACCAAAGAACCAUUUAUUGACAUAUCGGUGGGUGGAAAUCAGAUACCUGGAGGUAAUCCUGGAUGUCUAGUUGUCUGGGCAGUAACUGCUCAUGGAAGGGUGAUGUUUCGUGUUGGCACUAGUACAACAUGUCCUGAAGGACAAAGAUGGAGUACUAUAAAAUUAGGAAAUGGAUACGAGGUGUGCCAAAUCAGUGUUGGAAUAACUGGUCUUGUGUGGGCUGUAUUGAUGGUUGGUAAAGCAAUCGUACGCACAGGCGUUACUAGAGAAAAUCCAAUGGGAGAGGAUUGGGUAGAAGUAGGUCCUCCUCAAAAAGAUUUAAAAUUAAUACAAGUUAGUGUAGGUGCAGACGCUGUAUGGGCUAUAACUCAAGAUGGGAACGUAUGGUUUAGAAAAGGUAUCAAAGGAGAAAUGAGUGGAGUAUGUGAGCAAAUGGCUGUUGGUACUGGUUGGGUGGAAAUGUUAAGUAAAAUGUCACUAGUAUCUGUCGCUCCGAAUGAUCAGGUUUGGGCUAUUGGUCAUGAAGAUAGAUGCUUAUAUUAUCGUUCCGGUAUUACACAGUCGGAAUUAACGGGUAAAAAGUGGAGAUUAAUAAAUGCACCUCUUCAGCUCAGUCGUGCAAGUAGCAAUGCCAGUUUGUCAUCAAGUAAUAGACAUAGUAUGUGUGGUACACCUCAACAACAGAGACAUCAAAGUUGGGGCUCAUUGAAUCGACCACAUAGUACCAGCGAGGGUACUACACUGAUUAGAGAGUGGGAAGAACAAUCUCGUUCUGCACCAACACCAACAUCUUUGAAAUUAUGGCAACGUGCAAAUGAUAGUAGUUCUGUUAAAAAUCCACAGCAAACUUCUUUUCAAGAUAUAUAUCUAAAUGAAGGCAAAAAAAGAUCGGCGAAUUCAUUAGAUAUGGAUGAUUUAACGGAAGCCAGUGUUGCGAAUAUAACUAUAUCAAAUGAGUCAUUGACCAAAACUGGAGAAUCUAUAGUAGUUUCUGGAAAAGGAAUGAGCAAUGUUGUCAAAAUCAAUCCAGCUGCAUGGAGCCCUGUUCAUUCAGUUGGCUCCAUGGUAGGUAUCGAAGCUCAUCCAGAAACAGAUGGAAGUAUUUUCGAUCCCGAUUUGACUAGCGAUUCUGGUGUUUAUGGAGAAGACGAAAGUUCUGGAGCAAUGUAUUGGGCUGAAUGUGAUACUUCUUGGUAUAAAGUAGAAGCUGGAGCGUGUUUUGUUGAUACGUCUAAUCUUCCAAAAUGGAUUGCAGAUACAAAUGGUACAGGUCACGGAGAUAUAGCAGAGGCAUGGAGAAUAUAUAUUUUAGAAGAACUGAAGAAGAGAUUACAAAAAGUACAGUACGAUCCAUCGAUAUACGAAAAAGUAGUUGAGAAAUCGUCUUGGGUAAAAAAUGGGGACGCAAAAUGUAAACUUAAAGGCAGUACUUCAUAUGAGGAUUGCAUUAUCGAAUUAGAAUGGAUAAGUAGCGACAGUGGUUCUUUAGAUUCUGGAAUCGUAACCAUUUUAAAUUCGGACGGAGCAACAACAGUUAUGCAAUUUCCUGUGUCUGAGAUUAUGUGCGUAGUAUGCUGUAGUGAACCAGGUAAUCCACGCAUAGCAAUUCAUACUCCUCGUAUGCCUCGUUCUAAGGUUCUUAGACUACAGUUUUCUACUGAUACUGAAAUGGAAGAUUGGUUAGCGCACUUAACUUCAGUUUCUUGCCAAAUGAAUAACGUUUACGGGACUCCUGGCCCUAAUUCAAUAUGGACUACAACUGCAUUAGGAGAUGUAUAUGUAUAUGAUCCUGCUUCUUUAGAAGAAAAUCAACUUGCUAAUGGUGGUUAUAUACAAGAAUUGAAUACUGGAAAAGAUUUACCUUUUGAAUGUAUUCUACAAAACGGUUUUGGGUGUGGCAGUUCUCUAAAAAUUAUAGCUUGUAUCCAUGAUGAUGCGGAUAGGCUAUCGAUUAAUUUCGUCUGUUAUUCAACAAUGUCUUUGAAACAGAAGUCCGUGAUGGACAGCCAUGACGUAGCAUUACAUUUUAAUCCAAGAUUAAAAGAAAAUAUAAUUGUACGAAAUACAUAUCAAAAUGGACAGUGGGGCGACGAAGAGAGAAACGGAGGUAGUCCGUUAAAACCUGGUUCUAAUUUCACCUUAGAGAUUGUUUGCGAAACACGAGGAUAUAGAAUUUAUGUUGAUGAUACAGAAUUUACUUUUUAUAGCCAUAGAAUAUUACCGCAAAGUAUUACUCAUUUACGAAUCAAGGGAUUGAUGACAUUAUGUAACAUAUUUUAUAAGUCUACGUCUGUAAUAAUUGAUCCAACUACAAUGUUUUGGAGGCAAAUAGGUGGACAUUUAAAAAAGGUUGAAACUUGUUCUGUUGGUGUAACAUGGGGAAUAGGAUAUGGUAGUACUGCAUGGGUAUAUACUGGUGGUUGGGGUGGUUCAUUCCUAAAAGGAUUAGAUAGUAAUACGGGAAUAAACAGCAUGGUGGAUACUCACAGUUAUUAUGUUUAUGAAAACCAGCGUUGGAAUCCGGUGACUGGAUACACAUCUCAUGGUCUUCCAACUGAUCGUUAUAUGUGGAGUGACGCAUCUGGACGACAUAAACGUACACGUGAACAUACUAAACUACUAUCUAUGCACUGGCAUUGGGUAUCAGAUUGGAUAGUAGAUUUUCAUACCCCUGGAGGUGUUGAUAGAGAAGGAUGGCAAUAUGCUAAAGAUUUUCCUUCUCAAUAUCAUGGUAAAAAACAAUUUACUGAUUAUGUUAGACGAAGACGAUGGUUUCGAAGAUGUCAGUUAACAACUAGCGGACCGUGGCAAGAAUUAGGGAAUACAAAAUUGCUCGAUGUUUCUUUACACGCACCUGGGAAACCUAGUUCGGAUGCUCCUGUUUAUAUAUGGGCUGUUGCUUCUAAUGGUGAAGCUUUGUUUAGAAGAGGUGUUUCAGAAUCUUGUCCGAUGGGAGUUUCAUGGGAACAUAUACCAAGUGAUCAAGCUUUAGUAGGUAUCUCAUGUGGUCCAUGUGGACAAGUUUGGGCUGUUGGAAAGAAUGGUUCCUCUUACUGGAGAUUAGGUAUUACUCCUGCAAAACCGACAGGAAUACAGUGGCAAAAUGUUGAACCGCCGUCGGGUGCUCAUUUGAAACAAAUUUCUGUUGGGAAGGAUGUGGUAUGGGCUUUAGAUGCGGCAGGUAAAUUAUCCGUGCGUCGUGGUGUACAGGUGAACGUUUUCCCGGAAGGAACGCACUGGCAAACGCUUCCUGUGAUGCCGAAUGAUCCUAUACACAUAGAAAAAUAUAAGAUGCAAACCUCAAGGGCUGCAUUUCUCGGGAAACUCUGCGUAUUACCCUUGAAAACAAGCUUCGAGUUGGGAAACGCUAAUAUUGACAACACAUCCAUUUAUUUAAAUACACUCUCUGAUUCCUGUUCUAUAGACAUGUCUGUUAUAAAUGCGAAACAAGGCUUUCGACAUAUUGCCGUUGCAAGAGAACAGGGACAGGUUUGGGCAAUCUCAGGAGCUGGUAUACUUUGUCGUAGAAUAGGUAUUAGCGAUGAGAAUCCAGCUGGAACUGGUUGGUCAACUGGAAUAGGGGCAAAUUGGCAACAUGUAAGCAUAGAGGGACUUGUAAAUAAAAUCAAAUAAACAUCUGACUUUUACAUGGAUAACGAUUCUUUUAAAAAGUCGCGUAUACAAAGUAUUGAAUUAUUACCAAAAAAACACAAUACUCUACUAUAGUUUGAUUUUCGUAUACUUUUCAUAAUUAAAAAAAAGUCAAUGCAUAUGCGUAUAUGUAUGCUUUACGUGGCAUAGCUUCCGUGAUAGACUCAAUUUAAUCACACAAACUUAACUGUAUAAUGUACUUAAUAAACAAGAAAGGCAUUAUUUUAUCUACAAUGUACAAAAAUCAACAUUAGUUGAAUGCAUAAUUAAUUGCAUUGUUCUUAAAGUAAAUUUACUUGGCUUCUGUUACUUUCAUUUAAUAAGGAAAGUAGAUAUAAAUAUGUGCAAAGAAAACAAUAGUAUUAACAAGAUUAUUUUAUAGAAUACAUUUAUUACAAACUCCAUUCAUAUAGUUUUAUUAUAAAAUUUUAUAUUAAAACAAUUGACAGAGCAUUCCAGAUAUGUGCAUUUAAGUAUGAAGUAACUGUUAAAUAAUUCGUACUAAGUAGAAAAUGCAAGAAAUAUUAAUUUUAGUUUUAAAUAGAAUAUCUCUAAAAUAGAACUCUAUUGUCUAAAAUAGAACUCUAUUGAAGUCUACAAGAUGCCUUGUCUAGUUAUAAAUUUUUAUUAUUAUAAAAGACUAAUAAACAAAGAGUAAUACAAGAGUAAUAAAAAUAAAACGGUAAGAUGAGAUUAUUAAUGCAAAUAUUUGAUGAAUGGAGAUUAUAACGCCGCUUUAUACAUCUUUAUUUUUUAAUCCUUUAUUUGUUAUGUUUCUUCCAUUUAUAAAAAUGACAUAUUUAAAAAGAUUGCUAAAAAUUGACAUUUGUAAAUGUUUAAAAAAGAUCAUAACAUAAUGUAUCAUAUUAAGAAAAUGUCCCAUCCCUUUUUAAAAAACAAUGCAUUAAAUAUAUUAAUAAUAAAUGAAUUUCAUGUAGUUCUAAUACUUUUAAUGCUAUGACUUUAUGUUUGCUUGUAUUAUGUGCAUAAACUUACUUCAAAAUGAUAAAAUUACUACAAGUAAAUAUAAAUUUUUAUAAAGUCUCUCUCAUGUGAAUUUAUAAUGUAUCAUUAUAAUAGUAAAUUAAUUACAAAUCUGUUUUUAUUAUAAAUGUUAAAAUUUUGUUGUGAAUUAUAAUAUUAAGCUUUGCAACUCGACUACUAUACUUGUAUCAUGUCAUUGUCUAUAGUGAUGUAUAGCUUAUCGCUGAAUGUGUACUAUAAUUUCUCACAUUUAUUUGAAUUAUAUUAUUAAUAAAUUUGAUUUUCCUCAAA